UGAUGUAUCUUCAAUGGGAGAGAAAGUAAUCAAUCAUGGAUCUGCUACUGAUUAGUAUUACCAUAGUGUGUGCGGGUACUCUCACCUUCUUCAUCCUUAGAUUAUUAUUCAAUCAAACCCAAUACACCAUCAAGCUUCCACCAGGGCCAAGCCUCUUUCAUAUCAUAAGAAACAUCUUAGAACUUAGUAGAAAUCCACACAUAGCAAUCACCAAACUCUCCAAAAUUUAUGGACCCAUCAUAACAUUGAAACUAGGCAGCAGAAUCACCAUAGUGAUAUCUUCUCCUCAAUUAGCCAAACAAGUGUUGCAAGAGAAUAGCCAAGCCUUUUCUAGCAGGACAGUUCCAUAUGCUUCUCGUGUGUUUGACCAACAUAAAAACUCACUCACGUUUCUGCCCCUAUCAGCUGAGUGGAGGAACCUUAGAAGACAUUGUGCCACAAUAUUCUCCACACAGAUGCUUGACUCCACAAAAGUUGUUCGUCAACAAAAGCUGAAAGAGUUGUUGGAUUUUAUAAAGGAGAAAAGCUUGAAUGGUGAGGAUUUAGAUCUUGGUGAGGCUGUUUUUACAACUGUACUCAAUUCAAUUUCAAACACUUUCUUCUCUAAAGAUUUGUCUCACUCUACAUCUGAUGAAAAGUCUCAAGAGUUUAAGAACAUUAUUGGGGGUGUCAUGGAAGAUGGUGGAAGGCCAAACAUUGUGGACUUUUUUCCCAUUCUCGCUCCACUUGAUCCUCAAGGUGUUCAAGCUAGGAUGUCCAUUUACUUCAUCAAGUUGUUUAAAAUUAUUGAUGGAAUUAUUGAAGAAAGAAUGUGUUCCAGAGAUUCAAAAAUUGAUUCCGGAUCUGAGGUGGGCAAUGAUGUGUUAGAUUCAAUUAUUAGCAACGUUGGAGCUACUUCUCAGCUGAGCCGCAAUGAGAUUAGACAUCUGUUUCUGGAUUUAUUUAUUGCUGGGAUCGAGACAACCGUCGUCACUGUUGAAUGGGUGAUGGCAGAGUUAUUGCGUAACCCUGAUAAAUUAGAAAAAGUAAGAGAAGAGUUGUGUCAAGCAAUUGAAGAGGAUGCAAUACUUGAAGAAUCACACAUCUCAAAAUUGCCUUAUUUACAAGCAGUUGUAAAAGAAACUUUUCGCUUGCAUCCACCAGGUCCAUUUCUUGUACCACGCAAGUGUGAUGAAGAUGCAUGCAUAGCUGGCUUCCUAGUGCCAAAAGAUGCACAAGUCUUAGUCAAUGUGUGGGCCAUGGGACGAGAUCCAACCAUUUGGGAAAAACCAAAUAUAUUCUUGCCUGAAAGAUUUUUAAAUUGUGAGAUUAAUUUUAAAGGUCAGAAUUUUGAGCUUAUACCCUUUGGGGCAGGCAAAAGGAUGUGCCCUGGAUUGCCAUUAGCUCAUAGGUCAGUGCAUUUAAUAGUGGCAUCCCUUCUGCACAACUUUGAAUGGAAGCUACCUGAUGGGCUAACAUCUGAACACAUAAACAUGAAGGAGGAUUUUGGAUUAUCCUUAAAGAGAGCCCAACCUCUUCGACUUCAAGCUAUUUCAAUCAAGCUCUCUUAAUUAUAUAUAGGAGUGACGUUGAUGAAUUUAUUGGGAUGUCUAUUUGUAUCGAUUUAUAUGUGUGAAGGGAAAAUGUUAUAGUUGAAUCCGCCACUCUUAUUGAUUAAUAAAGGAUGAGAUUAUAAUUA